AUGGCGGUGUCAGAUCUCACGGUCAUAGUGACAGCUGUCAUAUUAAACCGUGUUGCUGGAAUUUAUUUCCCUUUCAGUUUUCUCUCCAUUACGCCCGUGUGCAGUUUGCGCUCUGCAAUCAAUUAUGGAUCUAUUGAUUGUUCUACAUAUUUAACAGUUGCUUUCACCAUUGAUCGAUUUAUCGCCAUCUGUUGUCCGACGCUCAAAAUAACAUAUUGCACCAGGAGAAUGGCGAUGCGCAUUGUAGGAAUUGUGAUCACAUCAUGUUGCAUAAAAAAUGUGUUUCUGUACUUCAUAUAUGAACCGAGGUACAUGGUAAAAAAUAUACCCUGGUUCUGUAACAUAAAAGAUAUGUAUUUCACUUCACUUGCAUGGACUGUAUAUGAAUGGAUUUUUACAAUUUUAUCCACUUGUCUCCCAUUCAUUCUGAUUUUACUGCCCAAUGUUCUGACCGUCAGAUCCAUUCUCGUGGCUAAUGGAGCCCGCACUCGACUCCAGAACAGGAAUAUUGGAAAAAAUCAGAGCGAUGCAGAGCUGGAGAAGCGGAAAAAGUCAAUUGUUUUGCUAUUCGCCAUUUCAGGAAGUUUCUUUCUGUUCAAUGCAUUGUACUUGAUAACAAUCAUGUACGUCCGCAUUGGGAAUCUUACAUAUGCUUCGGGUUCUGAUUUUAAUAAUCUCCCUUUUGUCCUCAAUGAAAGUGCAAUUAUGCUUCAGUUUUUGAGUACCUGCAUUAACCCGUUUAUUUAUGCUGGAACUCAGAAUAAGUUCAGGGCUGAGUUAAACAAUCUGGUGCAACAUCCUUGGAGACUUUUACUCAAAAAGCUGAAGAUCUGA